AAUUAAAUCAUUCCGGUUAAUUAAUUUUCUUUUUUUGGUUCUUUUCAUUAGAAUUAAUUUAUGGCCCUCAUGUUUAAGAGAAUUUAAUUGUUUCAUUUCGUUUCUUUUUCGGUUAUUUUUUACCAUCGAUGUAUCGGUUUUGUCUCACAUGUUCCUCUCUUUGUGAUGCAAUGUGACGCAUUUGACUAAUUGUAAUUUUCUGUUUUCAUUUUUCUUAAUUGUUUCGGGUUAAUUUUCUCGGUUAAUUGUCAGUUGAUUGUUCAUUUCUUGUUUUAUUAUCGAUUAAUUGAACUGUACAAGCUUUUUGAAUUCUAUUUGGUUAAAGGUUUCGCUUCUCAUCUUGUUUGAAUCGGAUUAAUUACCAUUUGUUGGUGUGUUUGUUUCUUUGCCUCCUGUUGGUCCAUUUUCAUGGGUUUCUUUGACUUUUGAAGGGUUUUUAUUUUCUCAUCAAUCUUUGUCUCACUCUGUUUGUUUCACCACCUUGAUUUAAUUUCUUACCGGUGAAAAUGUCUCUGACAAUUCCAACUAGAUCGUUGACAUUGAAAUUACUAUCACCUCAUUUACAUGGGUUGAUUGUUUCAUCUACUCGAAGUGCAAGUUCAACCUCGGAAGGAACUUCUUCUAAAAAAACUCCAUCUUUACGGCCUUUGUAUCUUGAUGUACAAGCGACUUCACCUAUGGAUCCAAGGGUCAUAGAUACAAUGUUACCUUACAUGGUCUCUCUAUAUGGUAAUCCACAUUCACGGACACACUCAUAUGGCUGGGAAAGUGAGGCUGCCGUUGAAGAAGCUCGAGCUCAUGUGGCCCAUUUGAUUGGUGCCGAUCCGAAAGAAAUAAUCUUCACCUCUGGAGCAACCGAGUCAAAUAAUAUCGCAAUUAAAGGAGGCAAAUUUUACAAGGAUAAAAAAAAUCACGUAAUCACCACACAAAUUGAACAUAAAUGUGUUUUAGACUCGUGUCGAUAUUUGGAAAAUAAUGGAUUUAAAGUAACUUAUCUGCCCGUUCAGAAAACAGGCCUUAUUGAUUUAAGAGAUUUGGAAGCUGCAAUCACAAAAGAUACACUUUUAGUCUCCGUGAUGACGGUUAAUAACGAGAUUGGCAUAAUCCAGCCGAUCAAGGAAAUUGGAGCCAUUUGCAGGGAGAGAAAGGUUUUCCUUCACACCGAUGCUGCUCAGGCCAUCGGAAAAAUACCGUUAAAUGUUGAAUCUAUGAACAUUGACCUAAUGUCGAUCAGUGGACAUAAAAUUUACGGGCCCAAAGGUGUUGGUGCCAUUUACGUACGUCGUAGGCCUAGAGUUCGAGUUGAGGCUUUACAAAGCGGCGGUGGUCAGGAAAGAGGACUUCGUAGUGGAACCGUACCAACACCGUUGGCUGUUGGCCUUGGAGCUGCUUGUAAAGUUGCCGCUCAAGAAAUGGACUAUGACCACAAGCAUAUUUCAAAAUUAUCUGAUCGACUUAUUACCAAAAUAUUGGACAAUAUUCCCGAAGUUAUUAUCAAUGGAUCUCGAGAAUCAAGUUAUCCCGGUUGUGUUAAUAUUUCCUUCUCAUGUGUCGAAGGUGAAAGUUUAUUAGUUGCUCUAAAAGAUAUUGCUCUUUCUUCUGGAUCAGCCUGUACUUCCGCAUCAUUAGAACCUUCUUAUGUAUUGAGAGCUAUUGGCGCUGAAGAGGAUCUGGCACAUUCUUCAAUCCGAUUUGGUAUCGGUCGAUUCACAACCCAAGCUGAAGUUGAUUUUACUGUAGAAAAGUGUAUCUAUCAUGUUAAUAGACUAAGAGAGAUGAGUCCACUUUGGGAAAUGGUUCAAGAUGGAAUCGACAUCAAGACAAUUCAAUGGAGUCAACAUUAAACAAUCAGUACUCCAAUCAAUCUGAUGUUAAACAACAAUUUAAUUUUAUCAAAAUUUGAUCACUAAAAGUUACAGUUAACAAUUAAUUAAGUGACUUUUAAAUUGCAAGGAGUAAACUUUUACCAAUUGAGUUAUCAAUUGUAACCGAUACAAUUAAUAGUCCACUUUGUUUAAUUGUUGAUUCAUCUUUCAAAGUAAUCAGAUAAAUAGUCAAAAUUAUCUUUAAUUGUUACAUUAUUUUGACUUUGAUUUGAAGACAAACCAAAUCUCCUUAAAAAAAGUUUAUUAAACUUGUAAAAUUAGUCUGCAAUUAACAGGAGACUUGAUAAUCAAAGUUAAAUUGUCUCUUGAAAAAAAAAACUUAAUUGUUAAAUGAAAAAAAAUACUACGAUUUGUAUAUCGAUAAUCAACUAACCAAGACAAUUUAAUAGAUAACUAUUGAAUCUUUAUUGAGAAUCAAUCAAAUGUAAUUAUAUAUGAAUAGAUGAAAACAUUGAUUAAAGAUCAAUGUUUCAAUUAUCUGGGGAA